UUGGAGAGCUUGGUUCGUGAUAUGUCCCGGGAAUCGCGCCUCUGGACCAAAGUGCUGGAGGUGGACACCGAGCGAAACAUCAAGAUCUCCCUCAUUGAGGAUCCCACCACCGAUGCGCCAGGUGAUGCUUGGUGUGCAUGGUGUCUUUGGCCUGCAGCCAAGGUGUUGAUGGCCUAUUUGUCCACGAUGGAGGACUCCUUGCUGAAGCAGAGCAGUGUUCUGGAGCUUGGAUCUGGUUGCGGUGCUGUUGGCAUGUACGCGGCAAUGCGAGGUUACGACUUCGUGACCCCAGAGCUUCCAUGCUCCAUUGAUGCGCUGUUGGCCACUGCCCGUGCGUGUGGCAAGCGGGCCCUGAUAUGUGUGUCACGCCGGAAAAACGAAGUCGAGGCGUUCAUUGCUGCAGCAAAUCGUGCGGGCCUUGAUGCCCAAGUGGUAUAUACUGCAGAAGUGGACGAAAGCAAGGAAGGGGUGGCAGAAUGCCUCAUCUUUUCGUUUGACUUUGUUCAGCCAUCAGCCAUCAUUCAAAAAGCAGCAAUAUGUGGAUCAAUGCAAUUUUGUUGCCAAAUAAGCAUUCUAAUUGCUUAUCAUUCUUUUCAUAGAUAUCUGUAUCACAGACAUUUUUUAUAUUCCAUGGAAAUAUCAGGGGACUGCAGCUAGAAAAAAAA